UCUCCCACCUUAGCCUCACAAAGUGUUGGGAUUACAGGCAUGAGCCACCAUGCCUGGCCCACAGUGGUUUAUGUGGAAUAAAUGGAGCCAAUAAACUGACUGUGUGUGAGUGGCUUUGUCUUUACAGCCAAAACAAAUCACAGAUUCCCACCUGUCAGAUUUGGCAUUUUUCCUUCUCUAGCAUAUCACAUCAACUACCUGUUGGAUAGGAUUUUAGGAGCAGGCACGGAGCCCAGUUGCUUCCUUCUGUCUACUUCAGCUUCCCGUGCCAGGAGUUCUUGCUUUACUUAGAGGGACAUCUAAUCUUAGGCAUGUGGAGCAAAUACGGACCACCACACAGCUCACAAGAAUUUUUAUUAAAGGGGAUUCUUUUUGUGAUUUAGCUGGCAUAUAUGAGAUAGUAAAAUAUAACCACUUGCCAGGAUGGAAUUGGAGAGGUUUGGUGUGAACAUAGAAAAGGCCAUUUGCUAAAAAUGGGUACCUGCAAUGAAUGUUCAAAAACAAUCAAGUUUAUUAUUAAAAAGAUAAGAAAAUACUGUAUUACAUGUGUUGUACUUUGAAUUCUGCAAGUCAUUUUGUUGCAUGUCGUGGUUGAGGAAGUGAUGAGAAUGGUAAAUUUCCUUCAGGUAUAUGUCCUUAACCGUGUGUUGAUGGAAUAAAGGGGAGUGAACCAGGUGGAAAGAUUUAAGGCCAAGCCAUCAAAGUGAAUUGAAGACAUUAAGAGAAUCUAAGAGGCCCAAAUGAUGGACCCCCAGGAGCUCACAGAAUUAUCCUUUCUAACAGCCUUGCCCAGUCAUCUGAACAUGCAGAGAGAAUGACCUCCUUGCCACUGACUGUUUUCAAGGAGGUGCAGAGGCAGCUUACACUGGUUAUGCGGACUGAGCACACGGCACCUGGGAACUCCACUCUUCCCCAAUACUGCAUUGCCCAAAGCUCAGAACGCACUCAGAGAUGUCAAAGAGAUGCAGUGCUCCUGAGUGGAAAUUGGAUUAGAACUUCAGAAGGGAUUUUCAAACUUUUUGAAUAUAAAUCCUGCAAGAGCAAACAAGCAGCACAUGCAGACAACCAGCAGUGAGAGGGUGUGGUGACUCUGAGGACCUGACUGGGUUAGUGUGUUUAGUUAGAGCAGGGGAGUGUGGAGAGAGGAGGUCAGGCAGCCUUUGUGCGGUGUAGACAGUGAGCCGCAAGGCCAGUUUUGUGUUUUAGGGAGACUUUAUGGGCAGGCACCUCCGGCACACACAGUCUAGAAGAUGACCCCAUGUGAGGUAACAGGUGCCUGUGAGGAGGGCGUACGGUGAGAAUGGCAGGAGUGGGUGGAGGGGAGUUCUGUCAUUUGCGAGGUUCUUAAAAUUAUGUAAGGGGAUAUGUAUAGUCGAAACCACCCAUGAAAAUCCCUCAGGAAGGGCCCGUUUAUACAGCUCUGAGUCAGUGGAGAGAAAAUGGAUUUUCCCUCAGCAUAGAGGAACUUUAUUCUGCACCAGCUGGGGUGGUUGACUUACAUUUAGGAGUACAGUGUGGUGUGUGGAAGCACACAUUGUUCAUUAGGUUGCCCUCAGUCCAGCACUUUGCUCCCAGUCACAGUACGUUGAAGCUGAGACCACCUGAGAGCAGUUGGACUCCCAGAGCCAGUACUCAUUAAGGAGCCCGGAGCAGACAUCGUAUUACUCAUGUAGUUAUUUCACCUGCUCUCAUAUUUGGCCUCAUUGUUCUGGCUUGUACCCUCACUAGCUUUUGUAUGCUGUUAAGUUAUAUAUAGUUAGCAGAGAUAAACAGGAGGUAGACUUGGUGAGUCUUAGUGAUGAGAAUUGGUAGCAGUUAAGAGAAAUCUAGGCUGACUCAGAUUUUGAGAUGGGGCAGUGCAUGGAUGAUAAUGUGAUUGGUUAAGAUGGGAAACAUGAGAAGAAACUCACUUGAGGGAGGGAGGAGGAAGGAGAGUUUGGUUUUGUACAUGCUGAGGUCUAAGGGUCUAACUGGGCUGCACAGGUAAAGAAGCCGAGGAACAGCCAGCUCCAAGCUGCAGGUGUUGAUGUAGGAGUCAGUAGCGUUCACGUGUUGAUUGUUGAUGGAAAAUUAACUCUGAUUACUAAAAUAAAACAUACCAUCCUUGGUAUUUUAGAGAUGAAUGUACGAAUACAUGAUUAUUUUGAGAUCUCUAGGUAAAGUUAGUGCUCUGUGAAAUCAUUUUCUUCAUGAACCUGGUGAAAUUAAAAAAUGCUAGCCAUGGCAGUACCCUACAUCUGAAUCACAAUUGCGUUAUGUCCUGACUUACUCUAGUUUCCUUUCUGAAUUCUUGAGAAUGGUUAGACCUGCCUUGUGCACUUCACUAACCAGUGUAGACCUAGCCAGUGUAGACCUAGCCAGUGUAGAGGUCAGCUUUCUUGGAUUUGCUAAGCCACCUCCUGCACGUACUUUCCAGCUUCCAGUAUAUGGUCGCCUCCUCUCCUAUUCUCUCUUCCUUGAGGAUUUGUAUUUUAAAAAAUGUUUCUUUACUGUAGUUUUAGAGGGGCAUGAAGGUGGAGUAGUAUUAGAUACAUGUGUUCAAUUUUCUGUCUUUAUCCAGAAAUAUGGGUUGGUUUUAUGAUAGUCAUUGUUCAUUUUUAAAUCAAUACCAGGUGAUAAUUUUACCAGCGUUAUGUAUAAAAAUGUUUAUGUAGCUUGCAUUCAUUGAUGCUUUGAUCAUAUGCUUCUAUAUUUAAAAAAACCAGAUUAUUCUCUUUCUCUUCUUCUCACUGUUGCACUUGACUAAUCUUAAAGAGAGGAAAACCCCCAGAAAAACUGGACAUCUCCUAUUUAGAUCUUGUUAUAAAUAAUAGUUUGAGAAAAUUUUAAUUACAUUUGUCUCCUAAAGGAAUAAUUACAACAUCAAUAAUGGUGGAUAGAGAUGAAAUGGGAGAUUGAGGAAGAUGGAGGGUUUGUGAUUGUGGUCCUCAGAAUCUAUAAGGACAUGGCCUGAAUAAUGUCGAUUUUGACUCAAGAACCAGGAGAACGUCAUUAUAUUGUAAAUGUUCCCUUAAAUGGAAGUACAUAGAUUUUAAUUCUUUGAAGAUGGUGAACUGUUUUUGGCAGCAAGUAAUAGAAGUAUAGAAGCAGUAGUUUAAAAAAGUUAAGGUUUUAUUUUUCUUAAAUAAAUUUGUAGCAGAGUCCAGUGCUGAUACGGCAGCUCUCUGGUGUUGCUAAGGGUCUCUCUACUCUAGUGUCUCGAAUAUGUGGCUUUCAUUUUCAGGAUGCCUCAUGAUCACAAGUUGAUUACUGCAGCUCCAACUGUCGCCUCUGUGUUGCACGAAGGAAGAGGGUGUUAAGGGCAGGAGGCAAGUCUACUCAGCUUUGUAAGGAGCUUUCUUGGCAACCAUACUCCAGCUUUUGUGUCUUACUGGCCAGAACUUACUCACUUAGUCAUCCCUGUCCACAAGGACGUCUGGGAAAUGCUUUUGUCUGGGCCUGUUGCCGUUUCCCAUCAUAGAUCAGUGGUCUGUCCGUCACAAACUUGCAGUGUCGGUAAGUGUCACUCACAAUGCCUGCCGUAGUGGUGUCACUCACAGGCAUGAAGACAGUAGCAAAGGAAAGAUUCAGCUGCUUUCACAAAUCUGACUGGAUUUUACCUAUCUGGAGGGUGUCACCCAUGUUAGGGAACCGCUGGCCAGGAGGAAGCUGUGACAAGAUGUGCUGCGUCUCCUGCUUGGCGUUGCCAUCUUGCUGCCGUAAGUUUCUCUGUCUGUAGAUAAAGUACAUUAGGAAAUUAGGAAGUUAUAUUAGGAGUUUGUGUGAUCUUGCCCCAUGGCCCUAACUCAGAGUUUAACACUUGAUGUAGAGAUGAUUUCCCCUCCAUUACAGUAGAAUUGUAAGUAUGAUAGAGAAAAUUUGGAAGUUAUCUAUGGGACUUUUUAUAGUCUUAUCACAUUAACAUAGGUACUGUUGACAUUUAGUAUAUUUUCAUUUCAUCUUUUUACCCAUUUAAAAAUGAUUUUACACUCAAUAUUUUACUCAUUUUCUUAGUUUUCAUAACCCUUAUUUUAAUAGCUAUAUGAUUAGCUGUCUAGUAGGUAUUUCCUGUGCAGCAGCUCCACUAUUUUUAGUCAUUUUCUCGGUUUUAUAAGAAAUAAUGUAAUCUUUGUGCAUACAGUUUUUCCUAUAUUUUGAGUAUUUUUUGUUUAAAAAGAACUAGCAGUGUUUGAUUAUGGAGUUCAGCAGUGUUAAUAAUUUUAUCAGUCUCUGCAGUGUGCUAUUUCGGACUGCCAUCAGCACUGUACAAGAGGCUUGCUUUGUUUGUACUCUUGUCAGCAUUAAUAUUUUUGAUUAUUUAAUGGAUUAAAAUUUACCAUAUGCUUUAAAUUUGCAUUUUUGAUCACUUUGACCUUACAAAUUUUUCCACAUAUUAGUUGUAUUUCCUCUUUUGUGAGCUAUCCAUUCAUGCCCUGUGCUCUUUUAUGUAUCAUUUUUAUUGCUUUUCUUGUUGCUGUGAUUUCUAUGAACUUUGUUUUUACUUAACAUGUUUUUAUUCUAAAAUACACAUAACAGAAUUUACCAUUUGAACCAUUUUUGAAUGUACAGCUUGGUGGCAUUAGGCACAUUCACAAAGCAUUGCCACCGUCUGUCUCCAGAAGGCUUUUCAGCUUCCCAAACUAAAACUCUCUCCCCAUUGAACACAAAUUCUCUUUACUCCUUUACCUGCCCCUGGAGUGCCCAUUUUGCUUUCUGUCUCUAUACACUUGAUGACUCUAGGGCCCUCAUAUACAUGGAAUCAGAUAGUAUUUAUCCUUGUAUGAUCAGCUUACUUCACUUAGCUAGCAUCUUCAAGCUUCAUCCAUGUUGAAGCAUGCACCAGGAUUUCCUUUCUUUUUAAGGCUGAAUAAUAUUCCAUUGUACAUAGAUACCACAUUCUGCUUAUUCUCUGGAAGCUCUCAUGUAAUUAGGAUAGCAAGCUGCUUUUGUUGUUAUAUUUGCAGCAGGUUAGUUUUACUCAGUUAAUUUUUUGCCUUUCUCUUUUGGUUAUUUCAUUUGGACAUCUAUAACUUUAAAUUUGUAUGUGGUAAAACCCAUUUUCCUUUGAUGUUUGUAUUUAAUCUUCAUCCAUCUGGGAUUUAUUUGGAUCAUCAUUUCACACUGAACUUAGACCCAGAGAGAAUGCAGGGAGCUAGGGGUAAUCCGAUUCUUGUUGGUGAUAUCUUCUUACAGGUCUGUUUUUGCUUCAGGUUUAAUAGGCAGCUCUAUGCUGGGAGGCAAGAAACCUUCUCGUCUGUUCUCAGACAUCUUCAUACCUUCUUACCAUUUCUCUGCUGAUACUUCUCCCCUCUACUCAGUUUAAGUGUUUGUUUAUUUCACUUAUAAUUAUGCUUGGGUUCCUAUUCAAGAUGAGAAACAACUUUAUAGGUUUCUUUAGUUAAUAUGUUAUUUCUUUUGGAAUGAGAUACAAUAUUGACUAUUAUGGCUGUUUAUUGAGUGCUUCUAUGUGCCCAGCCCCAUUCUAAAUGUUCACAAGUAUUAACUCAUUUUCUAAUGCCACCAACAACCCUCUGCGAUAGGUAAUGUUAUUAGGCCCAUUUUUCAGAUUGAUAGGAGGUGCCUUAAGAGAGAGAUUGUACACACUACUGUUGGAAUCUGCAGCUCUUACUCAUGUGCUUUAAAUGAAGGAAAUUUAAAGUAUUAAUCACUAACAUUUAUGCUAUUAACUGUGUUCUGGGCACUUCACUGCUAUUAGCAAAUUUAAUCUCCUCAGCCCCGAGUAGGCACAUUGAAAUAAAUAACAUGUCGCGGAGUGUUUUUUAGGUUCCCUAUUUGCAGCCUGUGUUUGAGUAUGACUUCAUUAUUCUCUCUUCCACAUUUUGAGAUGGCUUCCUCUCUCCCAUCCAGGAAUUGAUGGAUUCUAAUUACAGUGACUAAAACUUACUUGAGGCAGCGUGUUUGAACUUUGCACCAGCUGUUGUGCCAGAGUUUAAAGUGCCAGGCUAGUUGGGGUAACUACCUCCUUCCUGCUGUAAUCAGUGACCAGACAGAGCCUCCACUCAAUACACCGGAAAACAGAGAGUAUCUUGCAGAAAUUAUGUUCGAAUCGUUUAACGUACCAGGACUCUACAUUGCAGUUCAGGCAGUGCUGGCCUUGGCGGCAUCUUGGACAUCUCGACAAGUGGGCGAACGUACGUUAACGGGGAUAGUCAUUGACAGCGGAGAUGGAGUCACCCAUGUUAUCCCAGUGGCAGAAGGUUAUGUUAUUGGAAGCUGCAUCAAACACAUCCCGAUUGCAGGUAGAGAUAUUACGUAUUUCAUUCAACAGCUGCUAAGGGAGAGGGAGGUGGGAAUCCCUCCUGAGCAGUCACUGGAGACAGCAAAAGCCAUUAAGGAGAAAUACUGUUACAUUUGCCCUGAUAUAGUCAAGGAAUUUGCCAAGUAUGAUGUGGAUCCCCGGAAGUGGAUCAAACAGUACACGGGUAUCAAUGCAAUCAACCAGAAGAAGUUUGUUAUAGACGUUGGUUAUGAAAGGUUCCUGGGACCUGAAAUAUUCUUUCACCCCGAGUUUGCCAACCCAGACUUUAUGGAAUCCAUCUCAGAUGUUGUUGAUGAAGUCAUACAGAACUGCCCCAUUGAUGUGCGGCGUCCGCUGUAUAAGAAUGUCGUUCUCUCGGGAGGCUCCACCAUGUUCAGGGAUUUCGGACGCCGACUACAGAGGGAUUUGAAGAGAGUGGUGGAUGCUAGGCUGAGGCUCAGCGAGGAGCUCAGCGGCGGGAGGAUCAAGCCAAAGCCUGUGGAGGUCCAGGUGGUCACUCAUCACAUGCAGCGCUAUGCCGUGUGGUUCGGAGGCUCCAUGCUGGCCUCGACUCCCGAGUUCUUUCAGGUCUGCCACACCAAGAAGGACUAUGAAGAGUACGGGCCCAGCAUCUGCCGCCACAACCCCGUCUUCGGAGUCAUGUCCUAGUGUCUGCCUGAAAGCGUCGUUCAAUGGUGUCACGUUGGGGAACAAGUGUCCUUCAGAACCCAGAGAAGGCCGCCGUUCUGUAAAUAGCGACGUCGGUGUUGCUGCCCAGCAGCGUGCUUGCAUUGCCGGUGCAUGAGGCGCGCCGCGGGCCCUUCAGUAAAAGCCAUUAUCCGUGUGCGACCGCUGUCUGCCAGCCUCCUCCCUCACCCGCCCUCCUCUCCCUCGCUCUCCCUCCUCCUCCUCCUCUUCCGAGCUGCUAGCUGACAAAUACAAUUCUGAAGGAAUCCAAAUGUGACUUUGAAAAUCGUUAGAGAAAACAACAUUAGAAAAUGGCGCAAAAUCAUUCUGCCCCGGGAGGGAAUGUGGGGUGCACACCCUUUUCCUCCCAGCCUAUUUUUGUAAAUAAAAUGUUUAAACUUGAAAUACAAAUCGAUGUUUAUAUUUCCUAUCAUUUUGUAUUUUAUGGUAUUUGGUACCAACUGGCUGAUACUAAGCACGAAUAGAUAUUGAUGUCAUGGAGUGCUGUGAUCCAGAGUUUUUAAUUGUGAGGCAUGUUCUGAUAUGUUUAUAGGCAAACAAAUAAAACAGCAAACUUUUUUGCCACAUGUUUGCUAGAAAAUGAUUAUACUUUAUUGGAGUGACAUGAAGUUUGAACACUAAACAGUAUUGUAUGAGAAUUACUACAGAUCUUGUAUGUUUUAGUUUUUUUUGUUUGAACUUUCUGGAACUGUUUUAUAGAAGAUGAUGGUUUGUUGUCGGUGAGUGUUGGAUGAAAUACUUCCUUGCACCAUUGUAAUAAAAGCUGUUAGAAUAUUUAUAAAUAUC